CAUCGAAGUAGUCGUAUCUGAAAUGCUUUCUUUAAUCAAAGUUUAUUUUUUUCAGACCUAAUUCUCUCAACAAAAUUCGCGAUUGCCAGUGAUUCCGACCAAAGUUUAGCGCUUCCUGCUUGAAGAUGGAGCCGAUCAAGGAACCGCCUCAGACAUUUAUCUUUGACGUCGUGGUCACCAAUCUAGAGGCACAGGGCGUAGAAAUCGCCGACCCCAAGCGGCUGGUGAUCGAUGUGAACUUCAAUCGUAUGCCAUUGACCCUCACCUCGAGCCGGAUCAAUGUCAACGAGUUCAAGCCGGGCAGCGGUCUUCAGUUCGAGACGGAGCCCAACGCCCUUCGCCACACCCUCGAGGAAUGCGGCAUGACGUUCGUGGUAAAGUACGACGAUCGCGCAGUGGGCAACGGAGAGAUAGCCUUCCCUACCAUGGUCACAGAGCGCAUCGAACCAGGGAUGAGUGACAUCAUCCACGUGGACACGUGCGUGUUGGGUAAUGGGGCUGAGCCGGCCGGUAUGCUGGAGAUCCGCUGCCGCCUGAUCAUCCGUUGCAGUGAUCAGCCGAAGGUGGGAGGGAGCGAGUGCGAGCGGGACAUGGACAACAGCAUCAAUCCGCAGGACAUAAUGUUCGUGGUGGGUGCGUCACGGCACUGUCCCAGUCCUUGCGAUCCCUGCCUAGACGCCAUGGACUUAGAUUCGGAUUCCCAUUGACAAUCCUGUAUAUUCCUUUCCAGAAAACCAGAUCCAGGGGCAGCGUGCCGCCGGCCUCGUCGGUAUCCGGAGGAGUUUAAUCGAUUUAGUAGCACAGCGUAGCGCGGAUUACCAAGGGAAUACGCGGAAUACCAAGGGAAAUGCCGUAUUUGCCUCUAUAUCUGGUGGUUAGCUGUACUAAUGUCUGUAUUUCAAAUUGAUUUUGUCACGUGAGGCGAAGAGCACAAGAAA